CAAGCUUUGAAGAGAAGCUGGCACCGGUGGUUUUGUGUGCUGUGCUAAGAGUAUUGCUGCAGGCAGCUGAGCAGACGGCAUGGGAAAGCUGGAAAGCCACGACACGAAUGCAGUGACCUAUGAUGAUGUACAUGUCGACUUCACCUGGGAAGAAUGGGCUUUGCUGGAUCCUUCCCAGAAGAGUCUCUACAAAGAUGUAAUGCUGGAGACCUACAGAAACCUCACUACUAUAGGAUACAGUUGGGAAGACCAUAAUAUUGAAGAACUUUGUCAAAGUUCUAGAAGACAUGAAAGGCAUGAAAAAAGUCAAACUAGAGAGAAAACUUCUGUAUAUACUCAAUGUGUUAAAGCCUUUGCAAAUGACAGUCAUCUUCACAGUGAUGAAAAAACAGAUGCUAGAUUAAAACCCUAUGAAGAAAAUGAGUGUGGUAAAGCCUUUUCACAUCACAGUCAUCUUCUAAUGCAUAAAAGAACUUACACUGGAGAGAAACCCUAUGAAUGUAAUCAGUGUGGUAAAGCCUUUGUUUAUCAGAGUUAUCUACAAAUUCAUGAAAGAAGCCAUACUGGAGAGAAACCCUAUGAAUGUAAUCAGUGUGGUAAAGCCUUUGCACAGCAAAGUAAUCUUCAACGUCAUGAAAGAACCCAUACUGGAGAGAAGCCCUAUGAAUGUAAUCAGUGUGGUAAAGCCUUUGCACGUCAUAGUCAUCUACAAAGGCAUGAAAGAAGCCAUACUGGAGAGAAACCCUAUAAAUGUAAUCAGUGUGGUAAAGCCUUUGCACGUCAUAGUUUUCUACAAAGUCAUGAAAAAAGCCAUACUGGAGAGAAGCCCUAUGAAUGUAAUCAAUGUUGUAAAACUUUUGCUCAACACAGUAAUCUUCAAAGGCAUCAAAGACUACAUACUGGAGAGAAACCCUAUGUAUGUAAUCAGUGUGGUAAGGCCUAUGCACAACACAUUAAUCUUCAAAGUCAUGAAAGAAGCCAUACUGGAGAGAAACCCUAUAAAUGUAAUCAGUGUGGUAAAGCCUUUGCACAGCACAGUUAUCUACAAAUUCAUGAAAGAAGCCAUACUGGAGAGAAACCCUAUAAAUGUAAUCAGUGUGGUAAAGCCUUUGUUUUUCAGAGCUAUCUACAAAUGCAUGAAAGAAGCCAUACUGGAGAGAAACCCUAUAAAUGUAAUCAGUGUGGUAAAGCCUUUGCACAGCACAGUUAUCUACAAAUUCAUGAAAGAAGCCAUACUGGAGAGAAACCCUAUAAAUGUAAUCAGUGUGGUAAAGCCUUUGUUUUUCAGAGCUAUCUACAAAUGCAUGAAAGAAGCCAUACUGGAGAGAAACCCUAUAAAUGUAAUCAGUGUGGUAAAGGCUUUGCACAGCACAGUUAUCUACAAAUUCAUGAAAGAAGCCAUACUGGAGAGAAACCCUAUAAAUGUAAUCAGUGUGGUAAAGCCUUUGCACAGCACAGUUAUCUACAAAUUCAUGAAAGAAGCCAUACUGGAGAGAAACCAUAUGAGUGUAAUCAGUGUGGUAAAGCCUUUGCUUAUCACAGUUCUCUAAAAAUGCAUGAAAGAAACCAUACUGGAGAGAAACCCUAUAAAUGUAAUCAGUGUGGUAAAGCCUUUGUUUAUCACAGUUAUCUACAAAUUCAUGAAAGAAGCCAUACUGGAGAGAAACCCUAUAAAUGUAAUCAGUGUGGUAAAGCCUUUGCACUUCAUAGUAAUCUACAAAGGCAUGAAAGAAACCAUACUGGAGAGAAACCAUAUGAGUGUAAUCAGUGUGGUAAAGCCUUUGCACAGCACAGUUCUCUAAAAAUGCAUGAAAGAAACCAUACUGGAGAGAAGCCCUAUAAAUGUAAUCAGUGUGGUAAAGCCUUUGUUUAUCACAGUUAUCUACAAAUUCAUGAAAGAAGCCAUACUGGAGAGAAACCCUAUAAAUGUAAUCAGUGUGGUAAAGCCUUUGCACUUCAUAGUCAUCUACAAAGGCAUGAAAGAACCCAUACUAGAAAGAAACAUUAUGAAUGUAAUUAGUGUGGUAAAGCCUUUGUUUAUCAUAGUCAUCUUCAAAGACAUGAACUAACACAUGCUGGAGAGAAACCCUAUGAAUGUAAUGAGUGUGGUAAAGCCUUUUCACUUCACAGUACUCUUCAAAUGCAUAAAAGAUCACACACUGGAGAUAAACUCUAUGAAUGUAAUCAGUGUGGUAAAACCUUUGCAUAUAUGAAUAAUCUAAAUCAUGAGAAAAAAUUCAUACUGCAGAGAAACCCUAUAAAUGUAGCCAGUGUGAUAAAGUUUUGUACUUUAUAUAAGAGUAAAACUUUUUGUUGCAACAAUCUGUUAAAAUCUUUGCAUAUUGCAAUAGACAUUGACAACCUGAAAAAGAUACUGAGGACUUCUUAUUAUAAAGUAUUUGGUAAGAUUUUUAGCCAAAACACUUAUAAUCAGCUACACAAUGAUUUGGGAUUCCCCUCUGUAUUCUGUGAAUGUAUUUUGUUACCUUGUUUAAUAAAGAAGCUGCUUUGGGUCUCUGGCAGGGCAGAAUAGAGCAAGGCAGGAAUUCCAAGCAGAGAUAGAG